AUGGGUAGCCAAUAUACUGAAAUGCAUAUCGAAUGGAAUGAAUUAUUAUUAACAAUUGAAACAACUGUUGUUUCAAAACGAGAUUUAUUGAUUGCUGUACAAGUAGUAAAUAAUGACAGUCAGGCAGUAAAUUUAUCAAACUAUUUUGUACUUGUUAAUACCAAUUAUCUAUUUUAUCGACAAGGUGUAUGCAUAUCCGCUAAUUAUUGUAAUUUUGUCAAUUGUACUGGUAUUGGUCUGUCAAACAUUCAAUUCUUUGCUAUACAACCCCAAAUAAAAAUUUCAAAAUUUGACGUGAAACAUACUACAACAUCAAACAAUAGUUCAUCAUCCGUUCAUCAACAAAAACACAAAAUUCAAGAUUUAUUCUCUUCAGACAGUGAAAUAGCUGCUUUUAGCUUAACAGGAGGGGCGAUUGGUUUCAGCUCAAAUACUUUUCGAAAUUUAAUUGAUAUACAACGAUCAAUAGCAAACGCAAGAGCUGAUGAACUGCAAAAUUACCAAAAGUACGGUCCAGAAUUAAGUGAAAAUUAUCGUGCGAUACAUAAUGUUAUUGCGUGGAAUACAAUUUAUACUGUAUACGAAGGUGUCAUCAAUGUGGUUAGUCGAAGGUGGGAUUUUGGUUUCGGUUAUGUUAUGUUUUUAUGGGAUAGUUUUCUAACUAGUCUAAUUCGAUCAUUUGAUAUUGAUGGAUUAGAUGUUGCAUUACAAACUUUUAUUCAAGUGGCAAAAUCUCGUACACGUAAUAUUGAUUCAACUGGUUUAUUGCCAAAUUAUAAAUCAGGAACUAGAAUAAGUCGCGAUCGUACUGAGCCACCAAUUGGAAGUAUAAUGUUAUUGCAGUUAGUCAAAAUUCAAAAAACUGAAAAUUUGACUUGGUUUAUUGAUUUAAUUUAUCCAGAACUAUAUGCAAAUCUCGUUUGGAUGUGGAAACAUCGUAUGAUGACUAGUAAAAUUCAUCCAAAUAUUAGCUUACUUGUAUUAGGUUCUGAUCCUGAUAAUUUACCUAUUAACGGUGAUAUUGAGGUAAAUAAUUUACAAGCUGCACGUUUUGAAUCUGGUUUGGAUAAUUCUCCCAUGUAUGAUUAUGACGACUUCGACAACAAAAUGCAUAAAAUGCUGCAAUUUGAUAUUGGUAUGAAUAGUCUUUUUGCAGCUGAAGCUGAAGCAUUAAUACAAUUAAUAAAAUAUUCGUCACUUAGUUUGGUUGAAGAAUAUAAAACUUUGCAAUACUGGUUAAGUAUGAUUGUUCCAGCAAUUGAAAGUGAAUUAUGGAAUUUGAACGCAAGUCUUUAUCUAAAUCGAGCUGUUGACACAGGAGAAUUUAAUAUUCAUAUUUCUCCAACUUCUUUCUUUCCACUGUUAAUUGGUCUACCAAGUGUCAAACAAGCUGAAAAAAUGAUUGUACAAUAUUUAACUAAUUCUUCACAUUUUUGUGUUUCUUCUGAUUGCCAUGAACAGCCUUUGCCAAGUAUUUCACGUUCAGAUUCCGCUUAUUCAGAUCAAAAUUAUUGGCGUGGAAGAGUUUGGGGACCACAUUCUUAUAUUGUUUAUACUGCAUUAUCACAUUCAAAUUAUGCUCUGUCAGAAAUUAUACAAUAUGCUCGUAAUUCGUUAAUUAACCAAACUGAUUUAAUGUGGCGCAAGGAAUGGAAUCUAUAUGGACAUAUACAUGAAAAUUAUCAUGGUGAUACGGGAGCUGGUUGUGGAUCGAAUUCUGAUCCUUUUUAUACAUGGGGUGCAGCAACCGCUUUCUUAUCUAUAAUACGAAAGUAUUCGUAUCAAAUAAGAGAUGAUGUAACAUUCUGGUUUGUUCGAUAA